AGACUGGAAGGAGGCGCGAGCGGCAGAACCGGAAGUACGGCCGGCCACCAGCGCGGCGAGGCAAGAUGUCGGCGACCAAGAGGAAGCGGCGUGGAGACUUGGAGGUUCGGGCAAGGAAGCCGAAAAAGAUACGGAAAGAUACCGGGAAGCCAGCUAAGCAGGCGGCUGUGACAAAUGAGGUGGAAGAGGAAGAUAGGGAUCGCAUCCCAGGUCCCGUUUGCAAGGUAAAACCCCAGCUCCAGGACAGGAUCCUGAACAUAUGUAGUCAAGGUAAAGUAGUCUUCAAAUCCAUAACUUAAUUGCUUUCUCUUUUUGUUUUUGUAGAUACUAAAAUGGAUCGUAAAGAUAAAUUAUUUGUGAUAAAUGAGGUGUGUGAAAUGAAAAACUGCAAUAAAUGCAUCUACUUUGAAGCUAAGAAAAAGCAGGAUCUCUAUAUGUGGCUUUCAAAUUCACCUCAUGGGCCAUCUGCAAAAUUCUUAGUUCAGAAUAUUCAUACCCUGGCUGAACUGAAGAUGACCGGAAACUGCUUGAAAGGUUCUCGUCCCCUUUUGUCUUUCGACCCUGCUUUUGAUGAAUUUCCACAUUAUGCUUUGUUAAAAGAACUCUUAAUUCAGAUCUUUAGUACCCCACGGUACCAUCCCAGAAGCCAGCCGUUUGUGGACCACGUGUUUACGUUCACCAUUCUGGAUAACAGGAUAUGGUUUCGGAACUUCCAGAUUAUAGAAGAAGAUGCUGCUCUGGUGGAAAUAGGACCUCGUUUUGUCUUAAAUCUCAUAAAGAUUUUUCAGGGAAGCUUUGGAGGACCAACUUUAUAUGAAAAUCCUCACUACCAGUCUCCAAACAUGCAUCGGCGUGUCAUAAGGUCCAUCACAGCUGCAAAGUACAGAGAGAAACAACAAGUCAAAGAUGUUCAGAAACUGAGGAAGAAAGAACCAAAGACUAUUGUUCCACACGAUCCCACUGCAGAUGUCUUUGUUAUACCAGCAGAGGAGAAACCAGUAGAAAUACAGUGGGUGAAGCCAGAGCCUAAAGUAGAUCUGACAGCAAGAAAGAGACGGAUUUACAAAAGGCAUCGGAAACUGCAGCAAAAGACGAACAGAGGGAAUGCAAAAUGAGUCAGUGGAUAACUGGCUUCUCUACUUUAUAUUUAUUUUGUAUUCCACUUGUAAAUACUUGUAGUAUCAGAAACUAGCUAUGUCUAAUUAGGGUGCCUUUUAAAAAAAAUCUUCAAGUCCUGUUGGUCUUUUUCUAAAUAAAGCAUCUCCAGAAUGCA